ACGCGUCCUGGGGGUGAAGGUGGUGAACCUGCGGGCUUGUGUCUUUGCCUGGCGGUAACUGGAAGCUUCAUUUCCCCGUGCCCUCGUGCUCCAUACCGGGACCGUCUGCUUCGACCUGAGCAUGUCCAUUUUCAGCGAGGUCCCUCAGGCCCCGCCUGUAGCAGUCUUCAAACUGACCGCGGACUUCAGAGAGGACGGCCACCCUCUGAAGGUGAACCUGGGAGUCGGAGCUUACCGUACUGAUGACUGCCAGCCAUGGGUGCUGCCUGUAGUAAAAAAGGUGGAGCGGCUGAUUGUGGAGGAUGAGGGCCUGAACCACGAGUACCUGCCCAUCCUCGGACUGCCUGAGUUCCGCUCUGCUGCCUCCAAGGUCGCUCUGGGAGACGACAGUGCCGCCAUCGAGGAGAACAGGGUAGGAGGAGUCCAGGCUCUGGGAGGCACAGGUGCGCUAAGGAUCGGGGCAGAGUUUCUGAGACGGUGGUACAACGGUGUCAACAACAUAGCUACACCCAUCUACGUCUCAGCACCCACCUGGGAGAACCAUAAUGGUGUGUUUAACGACGCUGGCUUUAAAGACAUCCGCCCGUACCACUACUGGGAUGCUGCUAAUAGGGGUCUGGAUUUCACUGGGCUCCUGGAUGACCUGGAGCAAGCUCCUGAACACUCCAUUUUUGUACUCCAUGCUUGCGCACACAAUCCCACGGGCACAGACCCCACCCAGGAGGAGUGGAAGACCAUCGCAGACAUCAUGAAGAGGAAGAAGUUGUUUCCAUUCUUUGACUCAGCUUACCAGGGUUUUGCAUCCGGGAACUUGGAUAAAGAUGCCUGGGCCAUCCGCUUCUUUGUCUCAGAGGGCUUUGAGCUCUUCAUUGCUCAGUCCUUCUCCAAAAACUUUGGCCUGUACAAUGAGAGAGUGGGGAACCUCACGGUAGUUGCCAAAGACAACGAGAACCUGACUCGCACCUUGUCCCAGAUGGAGAAGAUUGUGCGAACAACCUGGUCCAAUCCACCAUCUCAGGGAGCACGCAUCGUCAGCAAGACACUUAACUGCCCUCAGCUGUUUGCAGAAUGGAAGGGAAAUGUGAAGACUAUGGCAGACCGUGUCCUGUUGAUGAGGGAUCAGCUGAAGGCCAAACUGUUAGCUCUGGGGACCCCGGGGACCUGGGAGCACAUCACUCAGCAGAUCGGGAUGUUCAGCUUCACCGGACUGAACCCCAAACAAGUGGAGUAUUUAAUCAAAGAGAAGCAUGUGUACUUGAUGGCCAGCGGUCGCAUCAACAUGUGUGGUCUGACCACCAAGAACAUUGACUACGUGGCUCAGUCCAUCCACGAGGCCGUCACCAAAGUCCAGUAAAGGCUCUGUCAGUACUUCUGCUUAUAUGUUUGUACCCCAACCUCACUGUUCUCUUCUGAUUGGGUCAAGUGCAGCCUGGAGUUUUACUGUUGAAUCAAUGAGCAGUCAGAUGUUUCUGUUCUCAUGUAAAGGUACGAGUUACGCGCCCUUGCCACAGUCGGAUUGAACUCUUUCUACUGAGUCACCACUCGUAGGUUAGAAGUUCAGUUAAAAUGUUUGUUGACAGCCAUUUAUAGUGCAAACCACAAAAUUCUCCAUUUCUGAGCAUUGAUCAAAGUGGACACAAGAAUGUCGGUUGAAAGGAGCUUUAAAAGUAAAAAUUAAAUAAAUAAAAGUGCUUCCUUACUAAAGAUAGUGUUCAGAAAAUACAGAGCAGUUAGUGUAAGUAUGUAAUCACAGCUAGAGGUCCUACUGUUUCUCAUUUACGCACUGAAUUCCAGCUUCAGCUGUGAAAAAAGAUGAAUCAUUAAAAGUCAGCUUUUAGAAUGAACAACAUGCAUGAGGUAUUGUAAUUUUUAUUUAUUCAGCAGCACAUUGAUCGUAGGAUCUGUCGAUGGGUUUGGAUUAAAUUUUACUCUUAUUGUUGAAGAAACAUUUUUUAAAAGGUUAUUACGACUGAACUGUCCUGUCUGCUACAACGGACUGGAAAAGUGAUGUUCCUGAUGUUUCACCUUUUCAGACGUGUUUUUAGUUAAUUUACUGAGUUAAGAGCCCCCGUGGUGCCAUCACAGAAGGAAAUCAGCUCAUUGUUGCAUCGGUCUUACUCUGCAGUGUCUUUACCUGUAACACAAAACCUGUAUGAAGCUGCUGUCCUUCACUUCCCUGAUGUUUGUGAUGACAUCCUGCAGUAUGUUUAUGCAGAAAUAAAUUAUUAUCCACCUAUACAGAGUAA